AUGUUAGAAAAAAUCUCCAAAUUUCUGUUCUUCUUGACUUAUUUAUUCCCUAUCGUAUCAGCAAGAUUACCAAUUUCUGAUAUGUUUAAUUAUGAAAAAAAGAAAUAUAUUCCUUAUAUAAUUGUCUCCGUAAUUCUCUUAAUUGCGUUUACGCCAAUAUCUCAAUUACGAAAGGUUAGAGCAAUAAUCGCUUUAGCCUUGAAUAUAUUCACAUUGAUAAUUUUUCCACCUCUAUUCUUUUAUACGACACAAGGCUUCAGCAAGUUGACAAUAGUUGUGUUAGCCUUAAUUUUGGCAAUAACUGCAUCUAUUUUAAUAUCUAUUAUAUUAAGAUUGUUAAUUUCAGAUGAAUCAAAAAAAAAGAUAGCCAGUAUAACCUUCGCAGUACUUUUCACAUUAAUCAUUGCAAUUUUUCCACCUUUAUUCUUAUAUGCGACAGAAAGUUUUAACAAUGUGACAAUUACCUUUUUAAUUUUAUUUGAAAUUUUUAUUUUUACAACUGCAUUAGCAGUCCUUUCUACUUCAUCAUGUAUAUUUAAAUUUGUAGUGAUGUCUUUUUUAAUGGGGUCUUUAAUGGCCAUAAUCAUUUAUGCUAUAGUACUUUGGAUCAAGUUUUUGGUCAAUUCCGGGUUUCACAUUAGUAUAAUAGUUCUAGUUAUUAAUUGUGUAGUAGGAUGUUUCCUUGGUUUUUUACAAGGUACGAUAAUCGGAUUUAUAAUAACAAGCAACAUUUUAGGUGGGAUUAAUUUCUAUUUUGUCUUUUAUGCGUUGCAAAUUCAAGUCAAUCCAAUUUCACUUUUACUUUUCUGGGCAGUUUUAUGGACUAUUUUAUUUAAUAUUUAUACUGGCAUUGAAAAUUAUGGGGGCGGGGCUGAAGAAGGGGCAGAAGCGGAAUUUGAUCUUGAGAACUACAUGCAGAAAUAA